UACCUAUCCAUCCACUCAUCCAUGUAUCUAUCUACCUAUCAUCUACUUACCUAUCUAUCCACUCAUCUAUCUAUCUAUCUAUCUAUCAUCUACUUACCUAUACAUCCAUCCACUUAUCCAUGUAUCUAUCUAUCAUCUACUUACCUAUCCAUCCACUUAUCCAUGUAUCUAUCUACCUAUCAUCUACUUACCUAUCUAUCCACUCAUCCAUCUAUCUCCUACUUACCUAUCCAUUUAUCUAUCAAUCACCUACUUACCUAUCCAUCCACUCAUUCAUCUAUCUAUCUAUCUAUCUAUCUAUCUAUCUAUCUCUAUCUCCUAUUUACCUAUCCAUCCACUCAUCCAUCUAUCAAUCUAUCUAUGUAUUCAUCCACUCACCAUAUAUCCAUCUAUCACCUACUUACCUAUCCAUCCACUCAUCCAUCUAUCAAUCUAUCUAUGUAUCCAUCCACUCACCAUUUAUCCAUCCACUCAUCCAUCUAUAUCUAUCUAUCUAUCUAUCUAUCUAUCUAUCUAUCUAUCUAUGAAAUGGCAGUGUGUGUGUGUGUGUGUGUGUGUGUGUGUGUGUGUGUGUGUGUGUGUGUGUGUGUGUUGAGUGUGUCUGGGGUCUUUUGCCUCUUUCCAUGA